AUGUUGAGCGCCAAAUCGGCUAGCCCUGAAAAUUAUGAACCUGAAGAUGAAAAUGCAUCGAUUACUGAGCAGUAUUGGUCCUCCUUAGAGGAAAAGCGUCUUGUUCUGAAAAUCGAUCUGUCCAUACUUCUGUUUUUGAUGUUCUCUUUUUUUUCUCUUCAAUUAGACAGGAGUAACAUUUCUAACGCUCUAACCGGAGGUAUUGGCAAAGACAUACAUUGUACAACAGACGAAAUAGCAACCGGUAAUCAAUUGCAGUCAGCAGCGAUUGUUAUUAUGGAGAUUCCGUCUAAUAUUAUUAUCCAUAAAGUUGGUUGUUUACCCUUGCUAAUUGCGCAAGGAGUCCUGUGGGGCCUUGUUGCUAUUUUUCAAAGUUUUAUCACUGGGAAGAAAUCUUAUUAUGCUACGAGAUGGCUAUUGGGAAUGUUCGAAGCAGGUUUUAUACCAGGUUCGAUCUACGUGAUCUCUAGGUUUUACAAGCGCAAUGAACUGGCAACCAGGACUACCCUCUUCUAUUUUGGCAAUUAUUUUGCCGCUGCCGUUGGUAGCUUGAUAGCAGCAGGGAUUCUGGGUAUGCCAUUCCAUAAAAAUUGGCAUCCCUGGAGAUUUUUGUUCAUGAUAGAAGGUUGUAUUACAAUAUUUGCUACUCUGCUUCUUGCAAUUUUUGUUGCACGUUCUCCAGAAAACCCUUCUCCAGUUCAUAACCUCUUUUCUUUUUUCAGCAAACGUGAAGAAAGGAUUAUGCAAGACCGUCUUAAGUAUUAUGAUUCAAAGCCUUCAGAUAAUUCAGACGUGACUCCAAUCACCCUUAAGAACAUAUUCAAAUCAAUUUUUCUCUGGAGAAAUUGGCUACAUCUGAUGAUGAAUUUCCUGCAGAUUGCUCCUUAUGGGGGGUUGCAGCUAUUCUCACCAAAGAUUAUAAAGUCUUUGGGUUUUAGCACAGUUAGAGCAAAUGCGUUGGCCUCGAUCGGACCAUUCGGACUUUGUUUUUUCUCCUUAACAGCUGCGUGGCUUUCAGACCGUUACAAAACUAGAGGUCUCCUUAUGUUACUUACAUUAGCAUACUCUAUCACAUUUGCAGGCGUGCUACAAAGUAUGCGUAUUGGCGUUACCAAAAAGUGGACCAUGUUUGCAAUGAUUACCAUGAUUAAUGCAGGUGUUGGUACUGCGCAAUCAUUGAAUAACUCAUGGUUGGCCAUCAACAGUAGGCGCACUUUGGACAGAUCUGUUGGCUUGGCAAUGUGUGUCAUGGGAGCAAAUUUGGCAGCCAUUGCCGGCCAGAAUUUCUUCAAAGAUAAAGAUGCUCCCGUUUAUCAUCCAGCUUUCGUAGCUAUUUUAUGUUUCUAUGGGGUUUCUAUUUUGUGGUGUUCUGGAAUUAUGUUUAUAUACUAUUCAAUCAAUAACCGGCUGAAAUUUGAGUUUGGUAGGUUCGGUAGGUUUUUCAGGGGGUCUCUACGCGUCGAUGAUGAAUCUCAUAGUAGCGAGAUACAUGUGGAUGAAGUUUCUACUGCACCUGAAUGGAAAUACCAAUUCUAGUUCGUUGUUGUUAUUGUCUUCUUCAAUUUUACUUUUUUUAUUUAUCAUUUUUUUAU